UUGAUGUCAACCAACCCGUCUGAGUACUGUACAAUCCUAUGGAAGAGAUAGACCAUGAUGUCAAGGUAACAUCAUUGAAUGAUUGAGUCCAGUAACAUACAAGGUAAAACUACGUGAAUAGAUUGAUUUGGAAGAGACGUUGAGGUCCAAUUGAAGAAAAGAUUUUAUAUCUCAGACACAGAAGGAAGCUCCUCAAAAUCUGACCACGGGGAUAGCCUAACCAAGGGGAGCGUUGUGCUGUUUUCGUAGUGUGUAAAUAUAUCCGGGGACUUAGAUUCCGGUUUGUUUGUGGACAUUGCUCUAGCGUCAGUUCGUAGCGUUAUAGUAUAGCUUAUCUGAGUACACUGGUCUCGCCAACAUAUACGACACUUCUAGUCAUUCGCCGCUCCCCAACUUGCCACUCGCUCCGGCUUCUCUAGCUGAAGGUCACGUGCUGCGAGAGCGGUUCAAAAUGCGUAGUGACUCAGAGGAUUCUAGUGACGAUGGCUAUGAUGCUAUGGCGAUCUACGAAUCUGAAACUUACAGAGCAGACGCAGUAGGUUCAAGAUUAUAUCGGGAGUUACGUGAACGACUGGAGCGGCCGGCCCGAAAAUCAGAAGACCCGGCGGUGCCAUUUUCUAGUGCCUCAACUGUCACUCCAGACUCAGCGUCAAAUGCAGGCAAAGCUGCCGAUCUGCGUCAAUCAGGUGAACGUAGUGAUUUAACGGUCGUCGUUGGUCAGAAAAGAUUUUCUCUUCAUUCCUUCCCAAUGAUGUGUCACUCCGAUUACUUUGCAGCUCUCUUACGCUCACAAAUGUCCGACUCACAAAACCUUCAUUUGAUUGACUUUCCGGGUGGUGAGAGUACGAUGGAUUUGCUAGCUGACUUUUGCUACCAAAUCUCUAUUGAUGACAAACUGACGGUGGACAACAUCGGCCUCGUGAUAUGUGCAGCUCACUAUCUUCAGAUGAAUGAAUUCGUUUCUAAAUUUUUACCAAAGUUAAGAGCGAUUGCAAUCAAAGCUAUGUCAAACUGUUGGAGAAUUCUAGCACAAUGUGCAGACGUCAUGCACAUCGCUGAAGAAGCACAGGUAGCAGUCACGUGCGUUUCGUCUCUGGUCAAUCAUUGGAACAGGAUAGACUCACAUGGAACUACAAAGAAAGAAACCGUGGAGAAAUGGGUGAUCGAAAUGUCUACACUUCCUUUAGAAUGGAUAACUAGUAUUCUAGCAGCUGCAGCUAAAGAUUCACUAUUAGCAAGUCGACAGCUGCCAGCUGUACUCACUGAUCAAUUUCUCAAUUUUCUUGUUUCUCAAGGAUCUCUAGAUGGAGCCCAAUUUCUGUUGCUACUUACUUCAACAGAGUCAAGCAAUAAUAUUUCGAUUUCUAAAGAUUCAUUUGACUCUACGUUUGAAGCUCUAGAGAAGGCAGCAGCUCGAAAAAUGGGCGAAACAAACAGAUUUUCAAACCAAGAUAUUUCUAACAUCGUACAAAAGAUUGACUUUACUCGAGUGAGUCAAGAUGUUCUAGAAAGAGCAUCAAAAAACGAACGAAUACCGCAAAGAGUCAUACUGGAUGCUGCACUCGCUGUCUGUUCAGCAUUGCGACAAGCACCAACGACAACUGCAAAGGAUACAGCACUGGACGACACAAUUCGGUUAUUUAAUAACCAGCAAUGGAGAAAUGGUGAACACACCGUCAUGCAGUUUGGAUCUAUGAAGCAACACACAACAGCUGUGAAAACUGGAAGUGAACAGGUGAGAGUGCGCAUGAGCGAUGACAGACACGUCCGCAGCAACGACCUUACUUUGCAGUCAGCUCGCGUUUACUGUUUCGACGUCCAUCCAAGGUCAAGUAUCGAAACAGGUGGAAGGUCAAGAUCUAAGGGUUCUACAAAAUCAGCAGGUAACCAGGUUUCUGUCAUGUUCGUUGAUCCUGUCACAAAAAAGUACUGGACGUCAGAGCCUGGUGCCUCAUGGUGUCAAGUAGCCAGUCACAACAACCUAAGCAACAAGAGAUUUGUCUAUAAUUAAGUGUCUUCAGUGAAUACAACUCUGAAGAAACUUUACAGCAUCCUCUCUAGAGUAUUGUUAAUUACCUGUUCAGUUCAUGUCAUUACAACUUCAUUUUGCAUGUUACUUACCCGUAGCCACCUGCAAGCACUAUAAUUAUUGCUACUAACUAGCUUCUGUUGAUGGUUGCUGAUUUGUACUAGUAAAGUUAGUUAAUCAUUGUUUCUAAUACUGUGUACUUUAUGUAUAGCAAUAUAACAAUAGUAUAAAUUCUUAUU